UGGCUGAGGGUCAGUGCGGGCGUUGGGCGCGCGCAGCUGCCGUUGGGUGAGGAGGGCGCACGCUGGGCGGUUGUCGCUCCCCGCCUCAGCCUCGCCAUGCCGCCCCCCGGCCAGACCCAGCUCCCGGACUGGGACGGCCUGAAGCUCCGUGUGCGGACCCUCAUCGCCUCCCACCGCGUUAUGAUCUUCAGCAAGAGCUAUUGCCCCUACUGCAACAAGGUGAAAGAACUCUUCCGCUCUAUGCGUGUGGAGUACUAUGCUUUGGAACUUGAUGUAACUGAUGAUGGACCCAGUAUUCAACAAGUGUUAGCAGAGUUAACUAAUCAGAGGACAGUGCCUAAUGUAUUUGUGAAUGGGACUCACAUAGGUGGCUGUGAUUCAACUUACCAGGCUUAUCAAGAUGGAACACUGCAGAAACUUCUUGGGGAUACCCAAGGUGCAGAACCUUAUGAUUACGACCUCAUUAUUAUUGGUGGUGGCUCAGGUGGACUUGCAUGUUCCAAGGAAGCUGCUGCCUUGGGAAAGAAGGUAAUGGUAUUAGAUUAUGUUGUUCCAACACCUCUUGGAACCUCAUGGGGACUUGGUGGCACAUGUGUAAAUGUAGGUUGCAUUCCUAAGAAGCUAAUGCAUCAGGCAGCACUUCUGGGUCAGGCACUCCAAGAUUCAAGGAAAUACGGGUGGCAGUAUGAAGAACAAGUUAAACACAACUGGGAGGUUAUGGUAGAAGCAAUUCAAAACUAUAUUGGUUCUUUAAACUGGGGCUAUCGAGUAUCCUUAAGAGAAAAGUCUGUGACAUACCUCAAUUCUUAUGGAGAAUUCAUUGAACCACAUAAAAUUAAGGCAACUAAUAGAAAAGGACAAGUAACCUACCACACAGCAGAGACUUUUGUCCUGGCAACAGGAGAAAGACCUAGAUAUAUGGGUAUCCCUGGAGAUAAAGAAUACUGUAUUACAAGUGAUGACCUCUUCUCCCUGCCUUACUGCCCUGGCAAAACUCUAGUUGUGGGUGCCUCUUAUGUGGCUCUAGAGUGUGCAGGAUUUCUCGCUGGUCUAGGUCUAGAUGUCACAGUGAUGGUGCGUUCCAUACUCCUUCGGGGCUUUGACCAAGAAAUGGCAGAAAAAAUAGGUGCUCACAUGGAAACACACGGUGUAAAGUUCAUCAGAAAGUUUGUACCUGUUCAGGUUGAACAGCUGGAGGAAGGCAUGCCUGGAAGACUGAAAGUGACAGCAAAGUCUACUGAGGGACCAGAAGUCUUUGAAGAAGAGUAUAAUACUGUUUUGAUAGCCAUUGGUCGUGAUGCAUGUACCAGAAAUAUUGGUUUAGACACAAUUGGUGUCAAAAUCAAUGAGAAGAAUGGGAAAGUACCUGUAAAUGAUGAAGAACAAACCAACGUGCCUUAUGUUUAUGCUAUUGGAGAUAUAUUGGAUGGAAAGCUUGAGCUUACUCCAGUUGCCAUUCAGGCAGGGAAACUGCUUGCUCGCAGGCUUUAUGGUGGUAGCUCCACAAAGUGUGACUAUAUCAAUGUACCAACGACAGUGUUUACUCCUUUAGAAUAUGGCAGCUGUGGGAUGGCUGAAGAAAGAGCCAUAGAAGAAUAUGGAAAGCAAAACUUGGAGGUUUAUCACAGUUUGUUCUGGCCACUUGAAUGGACAGUACCAGGCAGAGAUAACAAUACUUGUUAUGCAAAGAUUAUUUGCAAUAAACAUGACAACAAUCGUGUGGUAGGAUUUCAUGUUCUUGGACCCAAUGCUGGUGAAGUUACCCAGGGUUUUGCUGCUGCAAUAAAAUGUGGUCUCACCAAAGAAUUACUUGAUGAAACAAUUGGCAUCCACCCAACUUGUGCAGAGGUGUUCACUACAAUGGAUAUUACAAAAGCUUCAGGACAAGACAUCAGUCAGAGAGGCUGCUGAGGUUAAACCUGCUGUUUUACAUGUUUUCAUGGUGUGCACACUUGGCUUUAUGGAAGCCCUAAUACAUCCAACUGCUUUGCAGCAAAAGGAACACUUGCAUCAGUACCACUGCAUUUACUGCAGCUGGGAGUGGUGCCUUUCUCGGGCUUCCUCAGCAAGUAGUGUUACAAAUGGAAACAGUAAUACAGCAGGGAAAUCUUGGACUGUAAAUCCUGACUUUGCCUGGAAUCAGCACUGUUGUGCUUUUUUGACGUUCUGGCUCGGAACCUCGUCAUGAGGUGAGCUACGACUGAUGACUGCCAUGCAAGGUUGGGAGAUCCCCUCGUCCGGUCAGGUGACUGAACUCCUCCUGAAGGAAAUUCUUAAAUUGCACAAAUUAAAGCUAAUGCUUCUAGGCUCCAGUGUCUUGCACAAAUGCCUGUGAUAGAAGACAAAUAUAUAAUUGAAUGAUUCUUGCCAACAGUUUACAGUUGACUGAUCUGUUGUUUUUGAUGCAUUUUGUUUUAUGUAAUUGUGUGUUCAGUUGAAGAAAGAUGGCACAGAUGUUGAGCGGUGCAGUUCAAGCACUGGUCUCCCAACUCAACCAGUCUAAAACUUAAAAGUAGUCCAAGGCAUCACUGUUGCACACAUUCAUAAUUGUUUGACCUCAGGUGACAUCACGUCUUUAAGAUUGUUGGUAUCUUGUGUGUCAGAGUUGAAGAGCAUAAGCACAAGGAAGAUCUUGUCAAUUUUCUCUUGCUCUUUAUGAAUAUUAUUUAGUGCUAAGUCUCAAAUGUUGUUUCAGUUCUGUAGUGUCAAACGUCACAUAGGCCAGAACAGUAUGAAGUGAAUGAACUGUCAAGUCCAUAUUACUGUGGAUUAUUGAAGUCUUGGAGGAGCAGGAUUUGAGAGCAGUCGGUCCCACCAAUAUAGUAGAUGCCUGCCCGUGAGGUAAUAAAUGUGUAGAAUUUCUUUGAAGCAGUGUAGUGUUGUGUACAGUCUGAAAGCUCUGAAGCUUUCUUCCACCCCUCGCAUUCUGCCCUGAGGGAAUUGUGCUUGAAUUUGGCUCUUGGUUUUGUCCGAAGGUGUUUUAAAAGACUGUUCAGAUUGUUGUAUGAUAGUAAACAGUUUUUAACUAUUUAAUCUAUGAUAUACCAUGGAAUUCAAAGUUCAAUAAACAAUGCAU